AAGACAUUAACGGACCGGAAGGAAAAUUAAUGUAUCAUUUGAGAAAAAUAAAUGGUUGGAUAAAUUUCUAUGAAUGCGGAAAAAAAAACAUCUAGAGAUACGGGUGAUUAUAGUAAAAAUGAAACAAAAAUCGUAACUAUUAAAAAAGUGAGGGUGUAAAGUGGAAUAGAGUAUGUGUAUGCUAUUGUAGCAACAGCCAACUUUGAAUAUAGCAUUUAUGAAAUAAAAAGUAAAGAUAAACAGCUACCUGUAAAAUAGCAAUGACUUUGUUCGAAGCUCGUGCAGUUUCGGCUCAUUCUGGGUUUCCGAAAAGAGAAAUAGAAAUUCAGCAACUGUUUCGUGAACGCUCAGAUUCGCUACCGGAAGCACGUAACUUCCGGCGUAUUCGCCGUGCACUUGACCUAGAUUCAGACCUUGAUGUCCAAUCCCGAGACGAAAAUGCAUUUUUCAGGUCCGUUGAGGCCAGACAGUGGAAAUCAAAGCGUGUUACGCAUAAACAAUUAGAGAGAGCAAAGCAAGGACCCGACGGAGAGGUGUUGCUUAUAUCCACAGAGCCAAUUGGCUCCCCCUCGGCUGAACGGGAUAUAGCAAGCUCCCCAACAGCUUUAACCAAUGUCCCGUGGACAAAUUGGACGCGGUGGAAUUAUAAACGCACUCUAGAGAUCACUGGUGAGAAUUUAGAAGAUUUGUUGGCAUAUGAUGACCUCUUCCUCGACUAUUUUAAUGCAUUUCUUGCACUGCCAGUAUUUCCACAAGUGUUACGUUACAACCGGCUAACAGGUGCCUUUGAAGAAGUUAUAUUAGACGACAGUAGUCGACCUACGUCAAAAUAUGACGGUAAUUCAAGUCUACCAUACGGUGUCACAGAUGAGGAGAGGGAUGCUAUGUUACAAUGGGCAAGAAAAGAAAGAUUACCACUUUUCCUUAGCACACAAUUGUUUAGAGAAUUCAAGUUAUGUAAAUUAUUGCUACGACCAUUAGAUGAUAGAUAUUGCUCAAGGUCGUGGUUCAACACAAAAACGUCGGAUUAUACCGUCAAAUCAAGAGAGUUAAUGUAUAGUCUAAGUAACAGUGCGGACAAUAGUGCUAAUGAUGUAGAUGAUGAAGAUUUUAAUUUUGAAGGACAUUUUAAUGCCUCACAGUUGUUUAAAUACCAGAGACCUGGUAGUCGUGCGUUAAGUGUUCCAGCACCUAUAUGCUAUGGAUAUGAUCCAUAUUAUGAUGAGGAACAAAGAGGAAGUACAACAACACAUACACACGACACCUCUAAAACAGCUUCCAUUAAAUAUAAAUCUAAGAGGGAUCGUGAUGAAAAUAUGCCCGACCCUAAUGAUUUACAGUAUAACACUACAGAAGAUGAUAAUGCACCAUUUCCAAGGGAGAGCACUGUUACAUUUGAUCCAGAAACUGCUGAUCCAGAGAGUAAGUCAUUACAUAGUCACAGCAGACGGUCAUCUAGAAUGAGCCGGCGGUCAAAACGUGCGCCACAAUCUGAUGCUGAAGCUGCCUUCCUUAGACAUGCAAGGGCAUUAUCUGCACCUAUAAAUUAUGAUGAUUACAUGCGUCACCCAUAUCGUGACUUUGACAUGAUGUUUGGUGAAGAUGAGCCGGAACCCGAUGGCAAUGUUUAUGUUACAUUUGAGGAUGAGGGAACCAGCGAGGCUCAGACUGAGACAGAUGUUAAAAAUCUUGAAGGUCGACUUAAAAUGACCUUUCAACAACUCAAGGAACAUAUACUAGGAUCAUAUUUCGGCAUGGAAAAUUUCAAGGAGUUUUUAUCUGGUACUGCCGGGAAAGAGCUGGUCAACUUCUGGCUUGACUGUGAGUUCUUUAAGGAUGUAAUGGAGAAAUAUGAUGAAGUAGCAAUCAUGGACACCAGAAAUAGACUUUUUAGAGAUAUUCAGGAUAAAUUUAAGAUACAUUUAACAAAAGAUGCUAUAGAACAGAUCUCAAAAGCUGCCAGCAAUUCGAAUCUCAGUCAUUCUAUUUUUAUACGUACCCAGUACGAUGUUCUACGUAGACUACGAGCUUACUGGGUCAUUAGGUACAUGCUUCAUAUGGAGAGAGAACAAAAAAUUAGCCAAUCUCUAAGUCUCACAGAUUCAAAUAGGUGGAUAACUGGAGACUCGUCACUUAAGGAUACAUACUCAUUCUUCCCCUCAAUCAACCUGGUCAGCUUCCAUGCCCAGUCCCGACUGAAGAUUGUAUUAACAUAUACACGCACCAAAAAACUGGAGUCGCAUGUCAGUAAAGGUGGUCGAAUAUUAGACGACAGAGUGACGUCUGCUAAAUUUAGAGCUCAGCCUAUGACGGCAGCUUCUUUAAGAACUACCAAAGAGAGAUUUCUUGUUGCCUUGGCAGCAGACAAGAUGGCUGGUGGACCUUUUGAAAGAUUUCUUGCCUGUCAUCCGGACCAUUCCCUGGUGUCUAACCUGUUAUUCUGGCAGGAUGUGACAGAGUAUGGUGCAGCAGAAGAUAGGGCUGCUGACCGUCUGCUACGAAUGUGCAAUGCUUGGGCAAUAUAUAACAGAUUCAUUUCUGAUGAUAGUCAAUUCAAUAUAGAAAUAUCAGCGAAUGAGAGAAAUGCUAUACAUAAUGCAUUAAUGUCAGCGAAAGAUUUUGUAGACUCUAGAGUAUUCAACUGUGCCAAACAACAUAGCUGUGAGAGACUGGAGGAGGCAUGGAUACGAUACCUGAAAGAAGACCUCAAAAUAUUCCUAGAUUGUCAUGUAAGACUUGGAGGACCUAGCCCACCUGGUACAGCCGCCAUAGAGAUUAUAUUAACAAAUGAUGAAGUUCUCAUCCGUAGACCGAGACCAUGGCAGAAAAAGAUAGGUACAACAGAAUCUGAGAGAGCCAGACGUGCGAAGCCUGGAAUCUCUUUGGAAGAUAUGGAUGAAGAAGAAUUGGCCGCCCUGCGUGCCAAACGUCGGGAAGCUCGGAAAGAGAUGGAACGUGAGAGAAGGAAGGCAGUGAAGGCGGCGUAUAAACGUCUUCGUGAUGCCAAGAAGAAACCUGAAGAUUCAGGCACUCCUUCCAGUUUAACAAAAAAGGAAGGUUCACCUACAGACGAAUCACCAGUACAAACUGAGGAAAAAAAAGAUGAUGACAUGGAUUUUGAUGAAAGUGAGAAAAAGUCUGCCCGUCCCCCACCACCCUUCCAUGAGAUGAUUAGCAAUAAGGCAAUCAUGUCAAACUUCAAGAAGCACCUUGUAGAGCAGGAAGAGAAAGAAUGUUUAAACAUGGUUGGAUUGUUUACAGAUAUAGAAACCUUUCUCUCAUAUGGUACAAAUAAAAAGGAAAUGCAGCGAAGAGAACAACAUGCAAACUUUAUUCAAAAAACUUAUUUGGACUCUCAUGGUAAGAAGAGGGUUGAGUUGUCAGACAAGUUAAAGAGUAAGGUACAUGACAAAGAGAGACCAAAGACACCUGUGAUCAAAGAAAUACAACAUAGUCUACAUUCUAAGAUAGAUGAACAUUUUAAAUCAUAUCUAGUGAAUAAAGCCGAGGAACAGGGUAUUGAACCUGGUGAUCUUGUAAAACUGUCUCAAGCCGAGCUUUCUAUGCGACUAGGAACUGAUGCCUCCAUGGGAACCUGGCGAAAAACCCGCGGGAAAGGAAAGGACGGAGAUAUGGAGAGGGAAUAUUCACACCCCUCUGUCAGAAUAACUAUAAGUAAAUUAGAUAAAAAGUCUCGUAGAGUACAUUUUGAAAAGGAAGGUACUGACGUGUCCAUGUAUUCGGAGGCGACAAAUUACACGUACCUGUCAACAUCGCAGGAUGAGUCCAGCUCUUCAACCCCUAGGGGCCCGGGCAGCUCCCAGAUGUAUAGACGCCCUAAACGGGCUCGGUUCCACAAUAAGACUGGACGAGCACAACCCCAUAAAGAUGACCGAGAGGAGUUUUACAAAUCGCUCAAAACAUGUGCCGCUGGAAAAAUGUCAUUACAGAUGCUCUAUUUCUAUAAAUAUCUGCUCAAACACGCGGAGGAGGACAAUAUGCCUCUCAUUGACAAAGAUCUGUUCUUCUAUAUUGAAGUCCAAAAAUUCAAG